AUGGGGGUCUGCUUUUCAUCUGUGAGAGUACAAUCCAAAGUUUUGAGAAUAAGGUCAGAUCGAAGAUUAGAUGCCAUUACAAGCCUUGCUGAUGGGUGUCAACUAUUAUCUGCGUCCAUUCUUCAGCCGAGCCUUAGAGUUGGUUCCUCAUGUAAUGCAGUGGGGAUGAAUAUCAGAAGUUGUGGAUCCCUAAGCAAUUAUAAAUUGGUCUCGUGUCCUACUUCAAUUAGGAAGAGAUCCAUUUCUCAUGUCUCUGGUGCCUUAUCACCACAAAAUGAUGCUGCUUAUGGAAAAGAUGAAGAGAGCAGUUGCAAUUUAAAAUUUAAAAAAUAUAAUUACAAAUCCUGGAAAGGGAAAAAGGCAUUUGGUGCUCGAAGGGAAAAAGUCAUUUCCAAUGUCAGCCCUGAAAGAAGUAGUUCUAUCUUGAAAGCAUCUGCUACUAGAGGUCCGGAUAUGAUAAGUUCAAAGAAUCACAUUCCCUUGGAAGAGAAGAAGGAUGCAGAGGUCGAAUCUCCUGAUUGCAAUGGAAGCCAAAAUUCCAGCAUGUCCAGCAAACCAAAAAAGUCUAGAAGCAAGAAGAGCAAAAGUCAAGCUUCUGACACAAAUGCUGAUGAGGCAGUUGAGCUGAAACAUUCGGUAGAGCUUAAAAAGCAAAAUGUUAAGGACAGUAACUUAUCUGCUGCAGCAACACAGAUUAGUUCAACUAAAGGUACUUCUACAGACACACAGAAGAGUAAUGUUUCCACUAAGGUUAACCAGUCAUCCAAGAAGGGAAACCCCAAAAAAGGGGUUGCUGACGUUUCAGUGUCUGAUGCAUCAUUGCCAGAUUCUUCUAUGGACAUUCCAACAGAAAGGCGAAUGUCACAACUAUUUGGCAGAACUACUCAAGAAAAUGUCAAAUUUCCUCAGUUAUAUCCCCCCAUAGCUAAGACUGUUCUGGUUGUAGAAUCUGUUACAAAGGCUAAGGUUAUUCAAGGAUACCUAGGGGACAUGUUUGAAGUUUUACCAAGUUAUGGUCAUGUGAGGGACUUAGCUGCAAGAUCGGGAUCUGUAAGGCCUGAUGAUGAUUUCAGUAUGGUAUGGGAGGUUCCGUCUGCUGCGUGGACUCAUCUUAAGAGUAUCAAGGUUGCACUGAGUGGAGCCAAAAAUCUUGUUCUUGCAUCUGAUCCUGAUCGCGAAGGUGAAGCUAUAGCUUGGCACAUUAUUGAGAUGCUGCAUCAGCAAGAUGCUUUACGUGAUGAUGUCACUGUUGCGAGGGUUGUUUUUAAUGAAAUAACAGAAUCAUCCAUAAAAAAUGCUCUUCAAUCGCCAAGAACUAUAGAUGUAAAUUUGGUGCAUGCCUAUCUUGCACGACGUGCCCUAGAUUACUUGAUUGGAUUCAACAUCUCUCCAUUGCUUUGGAGGAAACUGCCUAGUUGCCAGUCAGCUGGUAGAGUUCAGUCUGCUGCCUUAGCUCUAAUAUGUGACAGAGAAGCAGAAAUUCAUGAUUUUAAACCACAGGAGUACUGGACUGUGGAGGCUGAGUUUAACAAAAGGGAGCCGAGGUCAAAAAAUAGUAUCUGGUUCUCCUCAAAUUUAACGGAAUUUGACUACAAAAAGUUAAACCAGCUAUCCAUUGGCUCCUCCUCUGAGGCAAGUUCGAUAAAACAGCUUAUUGAUUCAUCCAAAUUUGAAGUUAUUGCAUCUAAAAAGAGCAAAAGUAGAAGAAAUCCUCCCAACCCAUACAUCACAUCCACAAUGCAGCAAGAUGCUGCGAACAAGCUGAACUUUACUGCAGCAGAUACUAUGAAAAUUGCACAAAAGCUUUAUGAAGGUGUCCAGUUGUCUGAUGGCAAAGCCGUAGGAUUAAUAACGUACAUGAGAACAGAUGGAUUGCACAUAUCGGAUGAGGCUGCAUCGGACAUUCUGUCUUUUGUUAGAGAAAGAUAUGGGCAAACAUUUGCUCCAAAAGCUGCUCGAAAGUAUUUUAAGAAGGUAAAGAAUGCUCAAGAGGCCCAUGAAGCUAUUAGACCAACAGAUAUUCGGAGACUACCUUCGAUGCUUGCUGGGGUACUUGAUGGCGACUCUUUGAAGUUGUAUAAACUCAUUUGGUCUCGAACCGUCGCAUGCCAAAUGGAACCUGCUAUCAAUGAGCUGAUACAGCUUGAUAUAGGAGAUGUUGGUCGGUCUAUGGUUCUUAGGUCUUCGUGCUCAAGAGUUGAGUUUCCUGGUUUUCAGUCCGUUUUUCAGGAUACAGAAUCCAAAUUAACGGGAUUGGAUGAGGAUGAAAUGGAAGGCAAUGCUGAAAUUUUUGAGGUUUUGAGCUCUUUGGAAGUUGGGGAUUCCUUGGAUUUGGGUAAAGUAGAAAUCGAACAACACCAUACAAAACCUCCAUCACGCUACUCCGAAGGGUCACUGGUUAAAAAGUUAGAGGAGCUUGGCAUUGGAAGACCUUCUACUUAUGCCAGUACAAUUAAGGUGUUGAAAGAUAGAAACUAUGUAACAGUCAAAGGAAGGGUAAUGUAUCCCGAAUUUCGAGGCCGCAUGGUUUCAGCCUUCCUUUCCCAUUAUUUUUCUGAGGUCACAGAUUACAGUUUCACUGCUGAUAUGGAGACUGAACUUGAUAAUGUUUCUGCUGGAUCGACUGAAUGGAAAGGCCUUCUCCGAGAUUAUUGGACAAGAUUUAGUGAAUACUGUACGCAAGCUAGUAAUGUCCAUAUUCAUCAGGUGGAGAAAAUGUUGGAGAAAACAUUUUCUAAUUUCUUGUUUGCCUCUACCCCAAAUGGAAGUAGGACAUGCCCAAGUUGUUCUGAAGGCACUCUAAUUUUUAAAGUCAGCAGACAUGGUGCUGGCUACUUUAUAGGUUGCGAUCAGCAUCCAAGAUGCAAGUAUAUUGCGAAGAAAUUAUAUGGUGAUGAAGACGACCCCUCUCCUGAACCCAGUAAAAGUGCGGAGCCGCCAGUAGAAUUGGGGCAUCAUCCAGUAUCAAAGGAGAAGGUCCUCUUGAAGGAUGGUCCUUAUGGACAUUAUGUUCAGUUGGGUGAGGACAGGCAAGGGUACACUCCUAAACGGAUCUCCCUUAAUAAAGCACAGAUAAAAGAUCUGAAUUCAGUCACUUUGGAGGUUGCUCUCGAGUUGCUGAGCUACCCAAAGACCUUGGGUAAACAUUCACAAGAUGAUAAACCGGUGAUAUUAACACCUGGAAAGGGUGGGUUUUACAUUAAGCAUGGACGUUUUAGUGUUCCCCUUCCCAAGAACAUGAAACCUGAAGAUGUAGAUUUCGAUAAAGCUAAGGAGCUGUUGCGAGGACCAGGUGUAACAAAGAAAGGGCGGCCAUCGGCAAAAGAGCAGCUUGAGAAAUCCAUGUCAGGAACGUCGUAG